GGCCCUACCUAUCCACAUCUGGCAUCCAUCACUGCGAGCUGCUACGCCCCUCCUUCGCCAAAAAGGAGUCUCUGCUGCUCCACGCUCUCAAACGCAACACCGAGUCCCGUCUAACCGAGCCAUUCACCAUGUCUCUGCAGAUUCCGCUCCGCGAAAAGCCCAGUGGCGCUGGCGGCGCCACCAAAGCCGUGAUUCUGGUCGGAGGCGCCUCUCGCGGCACCCGCUUUCGUCCGCUCUCCCUCGACGUCCCCAAGCCCCUCUUCGACGUCGCCGGCCACCCCAUCAUCUGGCACUGCCUCACCGCCAUCAACAAGGUCCCCUCGAUCCACGAGGUCUAUCUGAUUGGUUACUACGAAGAAUCCGUGUUCCGCGACUUCAUCAAGGAUGCCUCGACCGAGUUCACCAACCUCUCCAUCAAGUACCUCCGGGAAUAUCAGGCCCUGGGCACCGCCGGCGGCCUGUACCACUUCCGCGAUGCCAUCCUCAAGGGCCGCCCCGAACACAUCUUUGUGCUGAAUUCGGAUGUCUGCUGCAGCUUCCCGCUAAACGAGAUGCUCCAGCUGGCGGAUGAAAAGGAUGCCGAGGCCGUCAUCCUGGGGACGCGCGUGAGCGAGGAGGCCGCCACCAACUUUGGCUGCAUCGUGUCCGACUCGCACACGCGGCGGGUGCUGCACUACGUUGAGAAGCCCGAGAGUUACAUCUCCAACCUGAUCAACUGUGGCGUCUACCUCUUCUCGGCCGACGCGCUGUUCCCCUCGAUCCGCAGCGCCAUCAAGCGGCGCAACGACAGGCCCCGUCUCGCCUCGUACCGCUCCUCCGAGAACCUGGCGAGUUCCUUCUUGAUCGACGAGGAAGAGAGUCAGAAGAGCGAGGUCAUCCGCCUCGAGCAGGACAUCCUCAGCGACAUGGCCGACAACAAGCAGUUCUUUGUCUACGAGACCAAGGACUUCUGGCGCCAGAUCAAGACCGCCGGCUCCGCCAUCCCGGCCAACGCGCUCUACCUGCAAAAGGCCCUGCAGAACGGGUCCAAGGAGCUCGCCCAGCCCUCGGCCAACAUCAUCCCCCCCGUCUACAUCCACCCUUCGGCCCAGGUGCACCCCACGGCCAAGCUGGGGCCCAACGUUUCGGUCGGCCCUCAAGCCAUCAUCGGCGCGGGCGCCCGCGUCAAGGAGUCCAUCGUGCUGGAGGAUGCCGAGAUCAGGCACGACGCGUGCGUGCUCUACUCCAUCAUCGGAUGGAGCAGCCGCGUCGGCGCCUGGGCCCGCGUCGAGGGCACGCCGACCCCGGUGACGAGCCAUAACACCAGCAUCAUCAAGAACGGCGUCAAGGUGCAGGCCAUCACCAUCCUGGGCAAGGAGUGCGUAGUCGGAGACGAGGUCCGCGUGCAGAACUGCGUGUGCCUGCCGUUCAAGGAGCUUAAGAGGGACGUUGCCAAUGAGGUUAUCAUGUGAGCGGGUCGUGAGAUGUGGAGGAUACCCAAGAUUCAAAAAGGGGGGAACGAGGAGGUGGAUCUUUUCCCUAAUGCAGGUAGCGUGUGGAUGGAUAGCAUUCACGGUCAACCAAAACAAUAAUUAAUAUUAGAUGGAUGGAGCACUUUGGUUUGGAUGAGGGAUCCAUCAUUGGCAUUCAUCGUCAAGCUUGAUGAAGUCAGCUUUCUGAAAACGAGCAAAGCAAUAGAACGUUUGCUGGUUGGAUCACGAGACGACAAGACGCCAUCAUGUCUUCAAUUGGAGGUAGAUAUGAGGAACAUUGCAAAAAAAAAGUUCAAAUUCAAGGCCGAGAAAAUGUAGGCCGAGGAUGCGCGAAGCAGC